AUGAACCACGAGAAGUACGAAGAACGGCUCGUUCUGCUGUCAGAUGUAUCGCCUGUGGACUACGAUGAGAACUUGCCCUUCCCCUACAACAAUUUCAUCUACGGGAUUUCGCUCCCAGGGCCGGCUACGCAAGAUGCGUUUACCAACGCGAUACCAUACUCAGAAAUCCGCCCCAUGAACGAGGUUACCGCUACGUAUCUCGCGCGUGAAGGUUUGGCAAGAUCCAAACCAGAGAUGGUCUCCAUGGUCCCCGCCAUAUACACAUGGCAGCCUGCCCAACCGUCAUCUGCUAUCAGGGAUAGUAUUCUUGGCUAG